CGCAACCCCCGGCGCCAGGAGGGACACCAUGCCGGCCAUCAAGAAAGAGAGACCGGAUCGCGAGGAAUUAGCCCUGGCAGCCUUUAACCAGCCCAUGGACACCCUGCCCGGGUACCUGACGGCUGCCAUCCCGGUGGUGACCCCGCACCCCCCGGUUUACGAGCACCUUUUCGCUCCCCACGCUCACCGUGCCUACCUGGGACUGCACGAGCCCCAUCACCCCCAGCUGCCCGAUGACCUCAUGCUGGAGAGGUUCUCCUCCAUCCCCGACUUCCAGCCCCUCUUCGACCAGGGGGAGCCGUGCAUCGAAGUGGAGUGCGGGGAGAACAAGGCUCUGCUCUACAUCCAGAAGUUGUGCCAGGGCAGCAAGGGGCCAUCCAUCCGCUACCGGGGAGAGUGGCUCACCCCCAACGAGUUCCAGUUCGUCAGCGGACGGGAGACGGCCAAGGACUGGAAGCGCAGCAUCAGGCACAAAGGGAAAAGUCUGAAGACUCUUAUGUCAAAAGGAAUCUUACAGGUACAUCCUCCAAUCUGUGAUUGCCCUGGGUGUCGAAUUUCGUCUCCAGUGAAUCGGGGUCGUCUGGCAGAGAAAAGAACCAUCCCGCUUCCCCCGAGUCGAAUACCUAAAAAGGAACCCUGCUCUGUCUUUUCCACGGGUGACGAAAGCCCUAAGGGAAAUGGAGAGAUCCAGACUCUAAAGCUGGAAGAAGAUCUGCACAUCAGUAUCAUGAAAAGAAGGAUACGGGCGCACUGGGACUUAAACAUCUCCUUUCAAGACACCUCUUGCAGCCGUGAGAGCGACCUAUCCAGCAUCAUCACCAGCCUUCAUCAGAGCCACCAACUCGUAAUGCCCGAGAACCAGAGUAAGAGAAGCAGUCAUCAUCUUAGCUUUACAUCAGCAGAUGACUUUUUAGACAAGAAGCGAGAAUGCUCUCCCAACAGUAACAGCGAGUGCCCAGUGGAAAGCAAGAAAGCCAGAAGCGAGUCUCCGAAGGAAAACUCCCAAACUCCGUUACUGGAAGAGCCAUUGGCUCAAAUGACUCCCGAGGAGCAUUACAGACGCAUGAUGUCAGCACUUAACGAACAUGGCAGCUUUGAGGAACAGCAACAGCGGCUCUACCAGCUGGCGAACACCAUGGCAGUCCCUACACACAGUGAUCUGUUGCGGGCACGCCAAGAAGUGGCAGCUGCUGUGGUGAGAAACUCAGGAGCCAUGGAAGCUCACAUGCCCACCUCCAGUAACUCCUCAAGCCAGCGGAGGAAGCAAGGCCUGCCGCAGCAUCGGGACACCUCCCACUUCACAGACAGGGACAUUUCUCACCCGCCUCCUCUGCUGUCACCUCAGAACGCCCCUCAUAUUGCCUUGGGACCACAUUUAAGGCCACCAUUUCUUGGGAUGCCCUCUGCUUUGUGUCAGAGUCCAGGUUAUGGCUUCUUACAGCCAGCCCAGGCGGAAAUGUUUGCACGACAACAGGAAAUUCUGCGGAAACAGAACCUGGCCAGACUUGAAAUGUCUGCUGAGAUUAUACGCCAGAAGGAGCUGGAGAACCUACACAGACAGAGACUGUUGGCUGGUGAUCCAAUGACUCUUCACCCCGGUUUACCCCCUGACCACCCUGCUCUACGUAACAUGCAUGAGCUCCCAGAGGGCCACCCUUUAAGAGAGGAACUGUCCAGAAGGAAUGCCAUGCUUGUUCUAAGACACAAUAACACCCCUCUGCUCUCCCUAAACCACCAGGGAGUACCAAGCGUGCCUCCUCCCAAGGAAUCCCAGAGUGCGAGAAGGGCAAGUCGAAAGUCGGCGCAUCACCGGAUGGAAGCCCAUGGAAACCACGGAGAAGCAAAGGAACUCUUGGAUCAGCGUAUACGAGAGGGAGUAUCAGAAGGCAAUGAUGAGGAGAUGAAAGAUUCAGAGAGUGAGGCAGAGGAGAAGACAGACAGGUUAAGAGUAGAGCGAGGUGCCUCCUCCUCAGCUCAUGAACUUCAAGAGGGUAAAGACACCCUCAAAGGAGGAGAUUCUGUAAAAGAGUCCAGUGAUACUCACACUCACCAAAGCCUCUCCUGCGGAACUUCAGAGUCACCCACUCAUGUUUUAGGACCAGGAAUCAGUAAAGGAGAUGGAAAAUAUUUGUCCAUAAACUCAGUGCCUCCACCUCAGCCAUUUCCUUUUGGAUUCCCCUAUGCUGUCAACCCUUAUUUCCACACAGGUGCCAUGGGGGGACUCUUCCUGGAUGGGGAGGACAGUGUGGUGCUGGAAGACCUCAGCAAAUGGACAGUGGAGGAUGUCUGCAGCUUUGUGGGCAGUCUGUCUGGCUGUGCAGAAUACACACAGGUAUUUCGGGAGCACUGUAUAGAUGGGGAAACUCUGCCACUACUGACUGAAGAGCACUUACUGAAUAACAUGGGCCUGAAGCUUGGGCCAGCACUAAAAAUAAGAGCACAGGUUGCCAAGAGACUUGGACGUGUCCUUUAUAUGGCCAGUUUUCCUGUGGCAUUCCCUCUCCAGCACCCCAGCCUGCGAGCAGCAGACAGAGAGCUAGGAAGCAGUGAGAUUAGACCUCCAUCUACCGGCAGCGCUGGAUCUCCCUUCCCCAUCGCCCUCCUUCCUCCCAGCCGCAUUUCACCGAAACAUGAGAACGGCAGUGCAACGUACUUAAACGAACCUGCUAAAUCCCUUUCUUAACUGUGCCCCUGCCAUAUAGCUGGAUACCUAAACUGCUGCGUUGCUGAAGCCAGAGCUUUGAACAGGAAGGGAUACUUCGCUUCUGGAUGGCUGCUGUCCCUUCAGCUGCUUGAGAGACUAAACUGACUGAUAGGGUGUGAAAAAAUAUUAUAAAGCAAAAGUCUGGAGAACCUUUGGAGGCACAUCCUCCACGGGCAAGACAGAUAGAUAAAUAUAUGUAUGUAUAUAUUUUUAUUUCCAUUGUAAAGAGAUCAAAGAGAAACUGGUGGAAGGACACAAAUAUUCCGGCAAUACCUGGAAAAUACGCAGGACGUUACAGGAGAUCAGCAUGAGGAAACGAGGGAGUGGAAACCAGUCAGGCAUACUUGUACAAAGCCAUGUCCAGCCUACGGUGCAGGCUUCCUGUUGCCACAGGCCACAUUUAAACAGCCAAACAUGCGGGAUAAUAACAGAAGCAGAUGCUUUAUGGGAGAACGUUUAAGGCAACAGUCUGAUUUUCAUGUGAAGUUUAGAACGUGUGGGUAGUUAUUGUGUGUUGCCCUCUCCCUUCUUUCCUAUGCUGUCUAUGCAUCUCCGGCAACUCACUACUGUACCAAAGAAAUACCGCGCUGCCAGGCGGCGGUACAUUGCUGGAACUGGGUUCUCUUUUAGUCUGUUCUGCUUCAAGGGACUCAUUACGCCAUGUUUUCAUCCCUUACGAUUCCGACAAGCUAAACAAAUUGUUCCACACACUGUCUGCCUUGGUUUUUUUCCUCACACGGGUGGCGGGGACAGGGGGCAUAAGACCUACGAUUCUGCUUUGGACAAUCUAUAAACACAGCCCUGGUGUAGAGGUUUCAGUUGGUACAACAUGGCAAACAAAUGGAGCCUGUGCUGGUGCAAAUGGACAAAAAGCCUCUUCACCCCCUGAGACUGUAUCAUUGGUACCCCCGUCAUACAGACCGGUACGUUACGCCAUUGUGAACAUUUUCAUUUCUUAAGGGUUUCUGUUUUGAUUACAUGUUUCACGUCAUGUUCAUUCAUGGAAUAUGUUCAUUUUUGUUUUCCAACAACAAAUGAAAACUAGAUCAGCGGUACAAUUAGCAUUUCUUUUUUUGUUACUGAAAAAAAAUCCAGACCUUAACAGAUCACCCGAGAGAGCUGCAUAGCAGCAAGUUCAAAUAAAAAGAAAAAAUAUACAAGCAAUGUGUGUGGUGUCUCAGA